ACUACGCCUCGCCUCUCACUGCCCUCCCUGUACUGUGCCCUACAAUAUACUGCCUUUCUUGUACUGUGCCUUAUAAUACACAGCUCCUCUUAGUAAUGUGCCUCACAAUAUACUGGCCUUAGUAAUGCGCCUCACGAUACACUGCCCUCCCUGUACUGUGCCUUACAAUAUACUGCCUUUCUUGUACUGCGCUUUACCAUAUAUUGUUCUCCCAUCUUGGUCUCGUGGGACUCAACUUAAUAUUGGUAUAAGUUAACCUGAUAUGAUCUGACUUUUACUGUUACUUCUGCUUUUACUGGUGGUGGCGGUGGUGGUGGUGGUGAUCGUGGUGCGACUACUACUACUACUACUACUACUACUAUUACUACUACUACUACUACUACUACUACUAUUAAUAUUACUACUACUACUACUACUACUACUACUACUACUACUACUACUAUUCACUACCAUUACCACCACCAUAACUGAAACAACCAGCCCACUAAAACCACCACAAUUCCAUCAUUAACAACAACAACAACAACAACAACAACAACAACAACAACAAUACCAGCAACAACACUAAUCUAACCUAACCCAGUCAUUCCUAUCAAACAAAGUACGUAUUGACAAGACCAGGCUCAUCCAUCAGUGUUCAGCGAGGACUCUGUAAAAUCGUCUGUCUCUACUUUUCUCACUACGGGAAUAAGCACAGAGAAAAGACGUUGCUAUCACCUCGCCCCUUCCCCUUUAGUGGCCUUUCACAACAUGCUGGGAAUGUAGAGACACGUACUGUGCUGGCGAGCUGGGAAGUAAUAAUAAUGCACUUGUGUGAGGUUAAUUGAUAGAUAGAUGGAUAGAUAGCUAGAUAGAUAGGUAGGUAGAUAGAGAUAGACAGAAAUAAAGAGAUAGAUGAAAAGAUAGAUAGAGAGAGAGAGAGAGAGAGAGAGAGAGAGAGAGAGAGAGAGAGAGAGAGAGAGAGAGAGAGAGCUCCAGUGCAGAAAAGAUAAUGGGCUACGAAAGACCAGCUUUGACCACACCACCACAGGUGUUGCUGCCUAAAACUGACCAAUUUUGCCCCAAACUUACGUUGCAAUUUGCAGUAUUCUUCUUUAUUUCUGAGUGUCCUGUUAGCCUUCUUUGUUAAUGUGUGUGUGUGUGUGUGUGUGUGUGUGUGUGUGUGUGUGUGUGUUUAUAUAGUUAAGGUAGUCCUGUAUCUCUCUAUGUGUUUUUCUGUGUCUAUUUGUGUCUGUGUCUAUUUUUGUUACUCUGUGUGUGUGUGUGUGUGUGUGUGUGUGUGUGUGUGUGUGUGUGUGUUUUCGUUUUGUUUUUUUCUGCCUGUUUUUUUUUUGUUUGUUUUUCUGUCUGUUUUUCCGUCUUUUUGUUUUCCUUAUCAUAUAUUAAGAAACCGACUGCUUACGAGCACCAUUAGACAGAAAAAAUAAAAAAAAAAUUCAUUGAGAUAUACAAAUAGCAAACGAGAAUGGACUUUCAAGGGAAUGAGGAGACAAUGGAAAAAGAAGCCAGGAAAGACAGAGAAAAGAAGGUAAGGAAAAAAAAAAAAAGAAGGGAAUACUGAGAAGGAAAGAGAAGGAUAGAAAGAGAAGGCACAACUGGAGAGAGAAGAAAUGGCUGGAAAGAGAGACUGGAAUGAGGUGACAAGUCAGGAACUAGAAGAGAAAGAUAAAAAGACAGGACAUGAGAAGGAAGGAAAGACACGACAGGAAAGAGAGGAAAUGGCUGGAAAGAGAAUACAAUGAUGAAGUAGAACAUAAAGCAAGGAGGAGGAGUUAAGGCUGGAGAGAAUAGACAAGGAUAAGAAAGAAGACAACCCUGGAUACAAGACGACCCUGGAAAGACAAGAUUAUCCCAGGAAAGAGGAGACAAAGCUGGAAACAGGAGACACAGCUGGGAAGAAAAUGCAAGGCCAGAAUGAGAAGAUAAGACUGGAAAGAGAGAGCAAGAAUGGAAAGUGAAGAGAGAGAGAGAGAGAGAGAGAGAGAGAGAACUAACUACCCGUUUGUGUGUAUUGCACGUGUUUGUUAGCUUGAUAUAUGUGUAUCAUCAGUCUGAUGAUGAUUUGAAUAUAAAUUUUAUUUAUUUGUUUAUUUCUAAAUUAGUUCGUGUAUCAGUGUAUUUAUGUAGACGAGGAUUAAGCUCUGUACAAGGUGCGCAAGCCGCACGUCUUUGUGACGUGGCAGUGGGGAGGUGAGGUGAGGUGGCAGCAGGGUGAUGAGGUGGCGACGAACCGUCAGCCAGGGUUAGUUGCUGUCCGCCCCUACCUGAAGUGUGUUGUGAUGGAUCACUGGAUGUAACAUUUAUUCAAGACUUGGGAUUAUUCUAUUAUGCUGUUUAUGAAUCCAAUUACUGGUUCGGAAAGUUCAUGGAGGCAAUCCAUAUGCGGCUGGAGCUACCGUUGUUUGCUUCAUGGUAAUCAUCAGUGUUUCCUUUGCUAAAAUGAACCUAACACAUAGCUCGGGGUAGGGCCAACUCGGCCCUUUUCCAUCUCGGCCCAUUAUGAAAAGGCAACUCGGACCAUCUUGUGGACCAACUCGGACCAUUCCCAUUUUCUAAAAUACCAAGUCGGACCACCAUGUUUGCCGACUCGGACCAUCAUAAACUGUGGGCAGUGUUGCCAACCUCUACAGACGUCUCCGCCCUACACACUUACUGAAAUUACCCUACAUUUGCCUUCAUUACCCUACGACUCGGGAUGAAAAAACAAAUUGUCAUAAUACUGGCGCAGCCAUAAUUAUUAAAUUAUUAUUAUUAAAAUUCCACUGUAAACUACAUGUAAGCAAUACAUAAGCUAAUUAUCUCUUUAAUCACGAAUCAGUAACCGCUUCAUUUGAGCGUGGGAAAAAAAAUCUCGACAAGCUGCACGUGGCUUCACGUAUGAACGUGUAUUAUCACUACAUUUGUUAGAUUCAAACCAUCAUAAACUAUCGCACAGAGGGGAGCAGGUCGUUUCGGCCGUGAGCACUCUAGGCCUAGAGUCGUUUAGGCCGUGAUCCCUUUACGCCGAGAGUCGUUUAGGCCGCGACUCUGUAGGCCGUGGGUUGUUUAGGCCGUAAUACUGAGAUCCUUUUCAUAGUUUUUAUAGUGCAGUCGAUGCUGGAGGACUACUGUGGAGGCGAGAAGUGUGACGUGAUUGCAUGCUAAUGAGUUUUAUUGAUAAUGUAUCGAGAGAUCGAUACCUCCAUAAAAUAAAGAUAAUAAAUGGAAGAGACCUAUAUACAGUGGAAGAGACCUAUAUGCAGUGGAAACUAUGUUCCGUAGCGUACAUACACACACAUUAAUCGUUUUAUGAGGUACUGCAGGAAGUGCACGAAACCCAGUCAUUGAAAAUACCGGGUUUCACAGCUGCCAUUGAUCAGCUCAAGAUACACCAUUAUCACAUUUCCUGUCCUGCCACCUCUCACACCUGUGUCGCACAGCAAACCUUGCCGUGUCCGUACAAGUGCAAUUACAAUUACGAAACCUACAUACUAAUUUUGAAACACUGUCUCAAUUACUUAAUUCAAAAUAUUACUAAAUUCGAAACCUAUAAUUUCGAAAGUGUCAAAACACUGUCUUGCUUACUUAGUUGAUGUGUUGAAGUCAAAUUCUGCGUAUUCGUUAUUCCCUCACACCUCAUCGCUCAGGAUGCCUACCAAAUUUCCUCGUGUUGUUUGCUCUCCACGUAUACGAUUCAACCAGCAUGCUUUGCAGUGUGACCAUUGUCAAGAACGGCAGCACAGACUCUCGGCCUAAAGGGAUCACGGCCUAACCAACUUGAACUCGGACAGAGAAGAGUGCUUCACACACUUGUCAGAUUCAAACCAUCAUAAACUAUCGCACAGAGAAGAGUGCUUCACACAUGUGUGAUUCUUGGUUCACUCACACGAUGUCCAGGCCAGAUAUCACUUGUACACGGCAGAAGGCAGUCCGAUCAUGGACAAGUGUUUGGUGUGCAAAGACGUAGCGCGUCCUCGACAGGAGGCAUUGUUGUGUGAUGGAUGUAAAUCGUGGCAACACAGAACCUGUAAGGCUGGGAUUUCAAGGGAGGACUAUAGAAGAGCUGUAAGGGAGGGUCUUGACGUGAAUUGGAGCUGCACAACUUGCUCUUCUGUACAAGACAUCGCUGUACAUGACUGCCCUGAGGAUCAUCUACCUACUCCGACCCAGGCGUUAGUGGAUGAUAUAAAUUCUGAAACUUGUCUAGACGAAGACACCUUGGACAACGACACUUUGGACUGCUCUGAGGCUCAUCCACCUAUUAUAACGUAUGAAAAAAUGUGUGCAUCUUCACAAAGGGGCAAGCAGAAACUUGUGGACAGUCUACGAUUUUCAUACACAUUUAAAAGAAAAACAAAUGUUGGUGUUCAUUGGCGCUGUGCAGUGCGUAAUAAAAAGGUUACCUGUAACAUGAUGGUAAAGGAAGUGAACGGAGUGUUUAUCAGAGGAGCCAAUGAACAUUCACACCCACCGGAAGCAUGCCCUUUGACUACAAGCAUGGUGUCAAAGUUAAUUAAAGACAAAGCAAUGGAUGAUGUAUUUCGCCCAGCUUUAGAAAUCGUGGAGGAAGUGCUUCUUGAACACGUUGAUCCAACAAAGCCUACUGCCUCGCUACCUGCACCGGUGAAUCUAGCUCGCCAAGCAAACAGGAAGCGGCGAGCUAACAGACCUGCUGAGCCCAGUGACCUAACUUUUUGUAUUAGUGAGGAGCACAUUCCACCUAACUUUCUUAAAGCAGAUAUAAGUAUAGGGGACAGACGCCACCUAUUGUUUGCAACACAAGAACAGCUUCAGUUACUUGCUAAAGCAAGAAACUGGUAUGUUGAUGGAACUUUUAAAGUAGUGAGGCGACCCUUUACCCAGCUUUUUAGUAUUCACGCAUUUAUGAAGUGCGAUGGUAACGUAAAACAAACGCCUCUGUGUUAAUGUCGGGUAAGAGAUGUAAAGAUUAUAGGAUAAUUUUUAGUAAACUCAAAGAAAUUUUAGAUGGACAAUUAAAAGUAAAAGAAGUUAUCCUUGAUUUUGAACAAAGUAUUUGGCGUGCUAUCCCAGAAGUUUUCCCACAUGUAGUUAUGCGUGGUUGUGCAUUUCACUGGGGACAAGCAGUUUGGAGGAAGGCGCAAGUUCUUGGCCUCCAGUCUGCUUACACACAUGAUAGCAAAACCUACAAAUUUGUAAGACAACUGUUUUCUCUGCCGUAUGUACCUGAUGAUCACAUAGAAGGACUUUUUAUAAGAUUCUGUAGGAAAGCAGCUGGGUCACAACCACUCUUAUUUACUACAUAAACAGUACAUGGAUUACGUCAGAAAUGUGGCCUCCCAAAGUUUGGUGGGUAUUUGAUCGAAGUGUAAGAACUAACAAUGACGUUGAAGGAUGGCAUUACAGACUUAAUAUGAAAGCACGUCAAGGCCAACUGAACUUCUAUACUUUAAUAACCCUACUACACACACAGGCUAGACUUGUAACGCUUCAUGUAAAGUUUAUAAAUGAUGGAAAGGUGUUGGCGUCACCAAAAAAAUAAAUAUACAAAACACGGACGACUAGUCAUGCUUUGGGAGGAAUUUUCUCUGGGCACUAGAACAGCAAAAAGCUUACUGAAAGCUGCCUCUCAUCAUAUUGCUGUGAAUAUGUAAUGACUUGAUUUUUCAUGAAAUACUCUAGUUUUAUUUUCUAAACUGACUUUUGCAUGUUUUUAGACUACAAUUUUAAUUGUAUUUUACUGACUUUUGCAUGUUUUUAGAGCAUAAUUUUAAUUGUAUUUUAUCGUGAAAUAAGUCAAUUUUGAGCUGCUGAAUUAUUAUUUAAUUUUUAAACAUGGUCCAAGUUGGUGGUCCGAGAUGGUUAUCGUGGUCCGAGUUAGUAUAGACCAGGGCCGAGUUGGUGAUGGUCCGAGUUGGGGGUGUAGCCUACAGCUCUACUGACUAUUUAAUUUCAUUGUCUACCACCAUUCUCACUAACAGCGGCGAAAAGAGACUAACCCAAUCAAUUUCUCUUCUCUUCUACUGACUGUAUUAUUUUAGUGUCCACCUCCACAUCUAGCAAAAAAAAAAAAAAAAAGUAUAACCAAGGGGAUUUGUCUCCACGUCUCCACUGACUAUUUAGUUUCUGAAGUGGAAAGCAUUAGUACACACUCUGUUCGCUAGAAUACACGUCAUCGACUGUCACAGUAUUUACCACCAGGCAGUAAUGGAAAUCUUGUCAAUAAAUCCUUUGUGAUGUGUGACGCCAAACCAACGACAUCUACAACAAUUUUCUUUUUUUUUCAUUAAUUUGUUCUUUUACUCUUUUUUCACAUGACUGGGAAAGUUUACAUCCCUUAGUAUUUUCUCCCUAUCAUAUUACACUUUUUCAUUCACUCCUUGUCUGAUAACUUUAAACUUGCCUAUCAGAUUUUUGAGAAAUUAAACAUUGGACAGUUC